AUGAUAUUUCGGUUCGAUCCUUGUGGAAUUUUUUGCGCAUUCCUCACAUAUAUCGCAAUGAUCUAUGCCGAUUAUGUCGUCGUAAAUUGGCUGAUCGUUCCGACUUUCUCGCAGAGUUUGUGGGGAGUUUUGCACGCGGUUAUUUUCAAUACGGUGCUAUUUUUCGCUUUGCUAGCUCAUAUUCGUGCUAUGAUUACUGAUCCAGGCGUUGUUCCAAUUGAUAAAACUUUUAUCUCAAGUGGCGAUGAUUGGGAUUCGGAUCAAGAAACUAUUUUCAUGAAAAAUACGUUGAAAUAUGGUGAAAAUUGGACUAUAUGUACGAGGUGUGAAUCUUAUCGACCACCUAGAGCUCAUCAUUGUCGCAUUUGUCGUCGCUGUGUGCGGAAAAUGGACCAUCAUUGUCCAUGGGUUAAUAAUUGUGUUGGUGAAUUCAAUCAGAAAUAUUUUAUACAAUUUCUUCUAUAUAUUGGCUUAUCAUCACUAUAUGCUCUUUUUUUGGUUAUGGGCGCUUGGAUCUAUCAUGAUGAACAAAGCAUUACAGGUGCAAAGAGUCCGCAAGGUCCUAUUGCUGAUCACGCUAAGAUAUUGCACAUAAUAUUUUUAUCUGUUGAAAGUGCACUUUUCGGUCUUUUCGUGUUAGCAGUUUCUUGUGACCAGAUUCAAGCAUUAUUCAAUGAUGAAACGGCAGUGGAGGCGAUAAAACGUAAAACUUCUGGUCAAUACAAGAUUCGUUUCCGUUCGAAGAAGGCAGUUUUACGAGAAGUAUGCGGAGAUGGUUAA